UCGUAGCGCGAAAUCUUCACCAAUAGAGGGUUAUCGCCCUUUGAGACAUAUCGCCCAAUCCAAUGACGUCAUAGACAGGAACAAUAGGAUGACGUCAUAGAAUGGUUCCAUGACGACAUACCUGGUUUGCCAGCCAGUCGACAGCACGACAUCGUAGCAAUCAGACGUACAUUUCUUGCUUCCUGGAAAUUUCAGAGUUGUUUGCAGUCGAGUGUACCCUUUUACCAGUGCAACUCUAACCGAAGUGUAUAAGAUGAGUCUGCAUCCUCAAGUGCGGUCGAGACGCCGGAAAAUUCUCUCGCCCAUUCUUGAAACGAACGAGGGCGAAAUAAUCCCAAUCAGACUAACACCCACAGAAAAAGAACAUUUACUUGUUCAGUAUAUGGACUUAAAGUCCCAAGUUGGAGAUUUGGAGGAAAGCCUCCUCGAUCAUCUCUUCAGUGAGAACAAGAAACUCCUAGAAGAGAAUGAGCGACAGAGGCGAGAAGUGAGCCAUGAGAGAGAGUUGCGGCUGAAGGCCGAGGCUGAAAGACAACAGUUCCGACUAGACUAUUUUAACUAUAAACUCAGUUUCACAAUGGAGCAGGCUGAGCUCCGGGAAGUGAAGAAAACACUGGAGGAGCUGGCGGGAAUGUGGGAGACGGAGAAGAAGGCGGAGGAGGAACAGAGGAAGAAGCUGGAGGAAGAGCUGAAGCAGCUGAAGUCACACCAUCAGCUUGCUGUGCGUGAACUGGCUGCCCUCCAGCACCACACUGCUCCUCUGACCUGUCAGACUCCCGGCAAGACACAGCCCAGUCUUCCCUCCGUGGCUCCUCCAGGUAAGCCGAAGAAGGCACACAGACCCUACACGGGACGAUCUAAGAACAAAGGUCUAAACAAUGCCUCAUCUGCCAAGUCGGACCUCCUCGCUUCAGGGGACAACUUAAUCAAGGUCAAGGUUAUAACAACCCAGAACAACUUAAAGAUCGCUGGUGGUGUUUUGCCCAAAGACUCGCAAAUUCACAAUGCUGCCAAGAAACCAAUCCGAUCAACCAAGGGUGUUUCUAUUGCAAAGCAACCGCAAGUUCGGAACAUGCGAUAAUGACUCAUAACAUUUAAGAAGUGAUUUGUUAUUUUUAAAUUCCAUAUUGUUGUUAUCUCUUUAAUUGUUAUUUCGUUUUACAAGAAUAUAACAUCGCAAUA